ACUCAGGACUCGAUCCAGGAUAAUCCGACCGUCACCAUGGGGUCCGCUACCGUCAUAUUGACGGUAUGCCUGGUGGGGAUUGGCACGUUAUGUAUUGCCAAGGAAGAAACGAAAAAGACGAAAGAGGAAAAAGAUUUAGUAGCGGCCGAAGGUGUAAUCAAGCAUAUACAUUACCACAAUGGCCAUGUCGAUCACAAACAUAAUCACGACGGGAAAGCUCACCACGUUCACAAGCAUCAUGGCCAUGGAGACCAUAAACAUCAUCACGGAGGUCACAUCGGACACGGCCACGAACAUGAAGGACACGCUGGGCAUGAACAUCAUCAUGAGGGUCAUGCUGGACACAAGCAUCAUCAUGGUGGAUCAUUUGGUCACGGUCAUAAGCAUGAAGGUCAUGGAUCUCAUCAUCACAAGCAUCACGGAGAGUUCGGACAUGCCCACAAACAUCAUGGUGAAUUUGGGCACGGUCACAAGCACGAGGGUCAUGCCGCUCAUGGACAUCAUCACGGUGGAGAGUUCGGUCAUGGCCAUAAGCAUCAUGGCCAUGGCUCUCACGACCACCAUCAUCAUGGAUCGUUCGGUCACGGUCACAAGCACGAAGGUCAUGCGGCUCAUGGUCAUCAUCACGGUGGGCACUUCGGUCAUGGUCAUAAACACGAAGGUCAUGCUCAUCACGGACACAAACAUGGGGGUGACUUUGGACAUGGCCAUCACCAUAGUGGUCAUGCUGGUCAUGAACAUCAACACCAUGGUGAAGCCGCUCACGGGCAUCAUCACCAAGGUCAUCUUGGUCAUGGCCAUCAUCAUGAAGGGUCCUUCGGCCACGGACACAAACACCAAGGCUCAUCAACGCACGGUCACAGUCACGGUGGAUCUUUCGGCCAUGGUCACGGCCAUUCAGGCAAUGCAGCUCAUGGUCAUAGCCAUGCUGGCCUUCUUGGUCAUGGACAUGGCCACGGUGGAAGUUUCGGUCAUGGCCAUGGUCACAGUGGUAGUUUAGGCCAUGGACAUGAUCAUGGUGGAACUUUUGGCCAUCAAAGUCUUCACGAGGGAGAGAUCGGGCAUGGUCAUAGUCACGGCGGCAGUUUCGGGCAUGGACACGGUCAUGCUGGCAGUUUUGGCCACGGCCACGAACAUGCCGGCAACCUUGGCCAUGGUCAUUCUCAUGGUGGAAGUUUUGGUCAUGGUCAUGGCCACGAAGGGGCGUUGGGUCAUGGGCACAGUCAUGGGGGUAGUUUCGGACAUGGACACGCCCACGGUGGUAGUUUCGGACACGGCCAUGAUCAUUUUGGUAACUUGGGUCACGGACAUAGUCACGGGGGAUCCUUUGGUCAUGGGCACAAUCACGAAGGACUCCUCGGACAUGGGCACGGACACGCUGGUAGUUUCGGUCAUGGGCAUCAGCAUAUUGGCCAUGCUGCUCAUGCACAUAAACACUCCGGUCAUUCAGCGCAUGGACAUCAACAUUCUGGUCAUGCUGGUCAUCAUCACAAACACGGAACUAGAUAAGAGUAUGCAGAAUUCUCUGUACUUCCACUUUUAUUUCCUACCAAAAAUGAUAAUGACAACGUCAAUAUCCGAACAUUUUUAAUAUGGAAAAAUUCCGUAGGUCGCGAUGUUCAAACGCUUGCUGAGUAACUCCUAUGCCUUGCCCGGUUGCUGCAUUGCUCAAGGCGCAUUCUCUUGUCGGUCAUAAAUGUCCCGAUCCAAAUUCCAGUCUCAUUUCGGGUACGUUACGAUGUUGCAAUCUGUUACUAUUUUACCAAUAAUAUGCACUUAAAUUUUCUCCAGGAGCUCUCAGUGUUUCAGUCAGUCUUUGUGCCAAUGGUUAGAGCUAAAUUCCGCAUGUGAACUCAACUACAUCGUCUUGAUAUUUACAAGAAUUAUUUCCAAAAUUCUUAUUCGCAUCUAGCCCAAGGAUAAAUUAAGAAACGGGAACGUCGCGUGCGUUCAUGACUUUAAAUUACCGCAUCGAUAAUUAUUUGUGGUCCUAAUGCAACCCCUUGCUUUUUCCCAGUAUUUUUGGUCAUUUUACCUCCCUAAUAAUUUUAUCUCAGUUUAAAAGUGGGCAUGCGCUUGAGUGUUCGUUCCUCCUUUUGCGAUCUUCGACGAGAAGCUGACUUAAAUUUUUUUAAGUGGCCGAAUAAUGUUUAUUUUCUCCAGUUUCUUUUUAAGACUUUACUAUAAUAAUAAUAAUUUACUCUCGAAUUUCAAAACUUAUUUACUCAGGCUGAGUUGAAAUUAUGAAUAUUUGAUGCGCUUAACUCGAAUGCAUGGUAAAAUAACAUGAAAACGUUUGAAUCUUAAAAUAGUGAGCUCGAUUUUUCAAGCUGAAGAAAUUUUUUUUCAGCGUGAAACCUUUACAGUUUAUUAAGUGCUUUUAAUCAGUACCGUCAAAUCACUUCUACUUAGCAGCAUUAUAAUACGCCAAAUCAGGGACUUAAAUAAAAAAAUAUAAGAAAUUAAGCCAUUUAUGCUGACUCUUCUGCACGCUGCUCUUUAAAGAAAAAAAUGAAAUACCCAUAUAAAGAAAACGAUAUUUUCCAAGCAUUUUUAUUUUAUUUCAAACAAGUUUUAACAAUUAAUUACCAUUCAAGGCACUCAUAAAACUGUACCGAUAUAUUCUACUGGUUUUUUUCUCUUUUUUUCCUGCACAAUAAUGUACUGUCGCUAGCAGACUGUUAGUCUAUUACGUACCUCCUUCUCCCACCAAUAGGAUCGCCUUAUCUCCCCUCUUUCUUUUAUGUCUAUUGCUUUUUCCAUCAAUUUCAUUAAUCUACCCGCCGAUUACGCAAUUGGAAUCCAGGCUAAAUUUACAUUCAGACUUUUUCGCGUUUGAGCUCCCUUGUUCGCGGGUUUUGACAAUCCCUCGACUGAUCGGAAUGCCGGCAUCCGCUACCGCGAGUUCAAGCCUCGAGAAUGCAGCCGUCGCUAUUAUGUAGACGCGUUCGUAAAUCUGCGUUAUUUUAUAUUUGUAGUGCAUGUAUUUCGUAUUAUUUGUACCCGCGAUGCUUGUGGGGUGGCGGGCGGCAGGAAGGCCCGCGUUGAUAAUCGGAAGUCCAUGCUCGGUGCCCAGUACCGUUGAGUUGCGCAGUCUGUAGCGAAACGUUGCAGCGCGUUCCUCGUAAUUUGCCAUUGGCUUUUCAUGCCUGUUGAGUGUUGAUUGCGACAUCUAAAUUAAACCACCGUUGCUCAUGCGGCUCGUGUAUGAACGGCUGCGAUAUGAUUUUCUGUGAUAUAACUGAUUACUUAGCUAUCGAUAAGUUUUCAGGGUAGGUUAUCUGUAUUCAUUGUAUUUUCUUUUCCUAUUUUUCAUGUCUUUUGUAUUGUUAGAUUUUAAGUUAACUCGAUAAACUUUGCCACCUGCCUCCUCGCAUAUUCCUUGGAGGAAACGGGGAGUGAACUUCCUGGGCAGGUACAAAAUGUAUUCACACAUUUGCCUUAUAUGCUCUAUUUCACUUAUUGUCGGAUUCAAAAAUCAACACAUCGGUUUAUUCUGAUAUAUAACAUUUAGUUACCACUAUUAGGAAAGAGUCCCCACCUCGUAAAUGUUACCAAUGUAUCCAGUAAUUUGACCAAGAUUAUUCAUACCGAUUUAAUUAUUCAGUUUUCAUUAGAGUAGGGUCAGAGGCUUUGAAAAGUAUUGUUUAUUGGCUAAAUGAUCUCAUGGAAUUGCUUUUGGGCUCAGACUAUGAAUAAAUCGUCGAUUUCUUCCAAUAAAAUUGAAGUAAUCCAAUCUCAUCGGGAAAUGCAUCGAAAUUUUUUCUAUUCUUCAGUCAUUGAAUUUCUCAAGUCGGGUCGCGCAUAUUAUCUCAACACUUUUCAAAACAAUAAUUCAGUCUUAAAAACAAUAUGUCGCCAAAUUGUUAACAACAUGGAAGCCAUCCAUUUCACUCCAAAAAUGUUUUUUCCCUCGUGCAGUGGAAACCUAGGGAAAUGAUUUUGAAAUGACCGUCUCUUAUCCUCAAAACAAGAAAAAAAGAAAUUGAAAGAAAAAGAAAUUCAGACGUAUUUUUCUGCAAACGGUUACAUACGUUGUCUUGUUGCCAUUAGUUUAUUUUAUUUUUUUCCUAUUCGUUCCGGAAGAGCUACAAAUUUCAAUCAUCAUUUCGCAAAACGUACACGACGUGGUCAAAUCAUGUCAAUAAAGAAAUUGAGACAAACAAGGUUUCCUUUAUCCGCAGAUGGUUCUUUUAAGUCAAAGAAGACGUAAUUUAAGUGUCUCUCAAAAUGCCAAGAGGUUUGGAAGUUACAGUGAAUCCGAUACAUUUGCAAACUUUUACUAGUAUUCCAGAAUAAUUCACUUCUGCAAUAUCGCAGAGAAUAAUUCAUGUCGAUUUUAGAACCCUUUCCGUACCCAGCAUCAACGGUGUCUGCUCUUUUAUUUUGCGGGCGGAGGAGGGUUUCUGAAUUCGUGUCUCAUUUCUUAGAUUGGAAAGCUACUAUUUUACAAAGUUAAAGAAUGUUACAAUUGAAACUCCUUUCUAAUAUACAUUUUCAAAUAUUUCUCACUUCAAUAAAAAAAAACUGAAGAUCUCUCGGCCAAAUCACUUAAAAGAAUUGGAGUAUAAAAGCCUCUUCAUUUUACAGCGGCAAAUAUGUUGGAAAUCUGACAUUGACGAAUGUCUUGAAGUAGCGUAACAUAAUGCUUAACCGUAAUGGAAUCAUUAAUGCUCUAACCAAUUUAUGGAUUGAUUGAUUUAUUUUCUUCUUUGAUUUGAUUGACCAAUUUUUUUUUCUAUUCCAGUUUCUUUCUCGAAUGAGUACGACUCUGUAACUUGGUCAAUUAAACAACAACGUUCGUUUAUCAAAGCAAUUCUUGUUUAAUUAACUUAUUUAUUUAUCGUUACGACCCUGUUUGUUGUAGCUGUUGUACAUAUUGUAUAUGUGAAAAAUGUAAAACGAUUGAUUUCAAUUUGCUGUGUUUCAUAGACGAAGUAGAGUUCACUACACGUUUUUGUACAAAUAAAAUGUUGAUGUGAUA